CCCCGGGGCGCCGGCGGGAGCGAUGGCGCCGCGGCUGCAGCUGGAGAAGGCGGCGUGGCGCUGGACCGAGACGGUGCCGCCCGAGGCGGUGGCGCAGGAGCACAUCGAGGCGGCCUAUCGCGUCCGGCUGGAGCCCUGCCAGCGCGGAGCCUGCCGGAGGAACUGCCGGGGGAACCCCAACUGCCUGGUGGGCAUCGGGGAGCACGCGUGGCUGGGCGAGAUCGAUGAGAACAGCUUCCACAACAUCGACGACCCCAACUGCGAGCGCCGCAAGAAGAACGCCUUUGUGGGCCUGACCAACCUGGGUGCCACGUGCUACGUCAACACCUUCCUGCAGAUGUGGUUCCUGAACCUGGAGCUGCGGCAGGCGCUCUACCUGUGCCCCAGCGCCUGCGGGGACGGCGUGCCCAAGGACACGGACUAUGAGCCCCAGACCAUCUGUGAGCACCUGCAGUACCUGUUUGCUCUGCUGCAGAACAGCAAGCGGCGCUACAUCGACCCCUCAGCCUUUGUCAAGGCACUGGGGCUGGACACGGGGCAGCAGCAGGAUGCCCAGGAGUUUUCCAAGCUGUUCAUGUCCCUGCUGGAAGAUACUUUGUCCAAACAGAAAAACCCAGAUGUCCGGAACAUUGUGCAAAAGCAGUUCUGUGGAGAGUAUGCCUAUGUCACAGUCUGCAACCAGUGUGGCAGAGAAUCUAAACUGGUGUCUAAAUUUUACGAGCUGGAGUUAAACAUCCAAGGACACAAGCAGUUGACAGACUGUAUAACAGAAUUCCUCAAGGAGGAAAAAUUAGAAGGGGACAAUCGUUAUUUUUGUGAGACUUGUCAGAGCAAGCAGAAUGCCACGAGGAAGAUCCGUCUGCUGAGCCUGCCCUGCACCCUCAACCUGCAGCUCAUGCGCUUUGUGUUUGACAGACAAACUGGCCACAAGAAGAAGCUGAACACCUACAUUGGCUUCUCAGAGCUGCUGGACAUGGAGCCUUUCAUGGAGCAAAAAAACGGGGUGUACGUGUACGAGCUGAGCGCUGUGCUCAUACACCGUGGAGUAAGCGCCUACUCCGGGCACUACAUCGCCCACGUGAAGGACCCACAGACAGGAGAGUGGUACAAGUUCAACGAUGAGGACAUCGAGAAGAUGGAGGGGAAGAAACUCCAGCUGGGAAUUGAGGAAGAUUUAGCGGAGCCAUCGAAAUCCCAGAGCCGCAAGCCCAAGUGCGGGAAGGGCACGCACUGCUCGCGCAACGCCUACAUGCUGGUGUACAGGCUGCAGGCCCGGGAGAAAUCCCUCUCUGUGCAGGUGCCAGCUUUUCUGCAGGAGCUGGUAGAGCGGGAUAACUGCAAGUUUGAGGAGUGGUGCAACGAAAUGGCCGAGAUGCGCAAACAGAGCGUGGCCAGAGGCAAGAUCAAGCACGAGGAGGUGAAGGAGCUCUACCAAAGGUUACCCGCCGAAGCUGGUUCUCCUUACGACUUCAUCUCUCUGGAAUGGCUGCAGAAGUGGCUGGAUGAGUCCACUCCUCCCAAACCUAUUGAUAACACAGCCUGCCUGUGCUCCCAUGGCAAACUCCAUCCUGAUAAGAUAUCCCUGAUGAAGAGGAUAUCAGAAUACGUGGCCGAUUUCUUCUACCGCCGAUACGGAGGAGGGCCCCGGCUCAACGUCAAAGCACUUUGCAAGGACUGUGUGGUGGAAAGGUGUCGAAUCCUGAGGCUGAAGAACCAGCUGAACGAGGACUACAAAACAGUCACCAACCUGCUGAAGAUGACAGUCAAAGGGACCGAUGGGUUUUGGGUUGGCAAAGCCUCCUUGAGGAGCUGGCGUCAGCUGGCUCUGGAGCAAUUAAACGAGCAAGAUGAAGAUGCAGAGCACAGUAAUGGAAAAAUGAAUGGAAAUGCACAAAACAAAGAUGAAUCAAAUGAAGAGAAGAGGGAGGAGGAAGAGGAGUUAAAUUUUAAUGAAGACAUCGUUUGCCCUCAUGGUGACCUGUGCAUCUCUGAGAAUGAACGGAGGGUGGUUUCCAAGGAAGCCUGGGAGAAACUCAAGCAAUAUUUUCCAAAAGCCCCUGAAUUCCCAAACAACAAAGAGUGCUGUUCCCAGUGCAAGAUUUUGGAGCGUGAAGGGGAGGAAAAUGAAGCUCUGCAUAAGAUGAUGGCCAGUGAGCAGAAGACUUCUCUGCAGAACCUGUUCCAUGAUAAAUGUAGGCCUUGCCUGGGCAGCUGGCCUCAGGAGACGGAUGAGCUGUAUAUUGUUUCGCAGUUCUUUGUAGAAGAAUGGAGGAAAUUUGUCAGGAGGCCGACGCGCUGCAGCCCCGUGUCCUCCAUAGCAAACAGUGUCCUGCUCUGUCCCCACGGGGGGCUCAUGUUCACCUUUGCUUCCAUGACCAAAGAAGACUCCAAACAUAUAGCUCUGAUAUGGCCCAGUGAGUGGGAGAGGAUCCAAAAGCUCUUUGUCGUGGAUCACGUCAUCAAAAUCACCCGGAGCCAGACGGCCGAGGGCGCCCGCUACGCCUCCGAGCCCCAGCUGUGCCCCGAGUGCCGGGAGGGGCUCCUGUGCCAGCAGCAGCGGGACCUGCGCGAGUACACCCAGGCCACCAUCUACAUCCACAAAGUGGUGGACAACAAAAAGGUAAUGAAGGACGCGGCUCCAGAGCUGAACGUGAGCAGCUCGGAAGCUGAAGAGGAAAGGGAGGAAAACAAGCCAGAGGGGGAGCAAGAUCCUGAUUUUAACCAGGCCAAUGGUGGCACAAAACGCCAGAAGCUGUCCCACCAGAGCUACAUCACCUACCAAAAGCAGGGAAUCAGGAGAAGCACACGGCACCGCAAGGUGCGGGGCGAGAAAGCGCUGCUCGUGUCAGCCAGCCAGACCCUGAAAGAGCUGAAAAUCCAGAUCAUGCACGCCUUCUCCGUGGCCCCCUUCGACCAGAACCUGUCCCUGGAUGGGAAGAUCCUGAGUGAUGACACGGCCACGCUGGGCAGCCUGGGAGUCAUCCCUGAGUCUGUCAUCCUGCUCAAGGCUGACGAGCCCAUCGCGGAUUACGCGGCCAUGGACGACGUUAUGCAAGUUUGUAUGCCUGAAGAGGGAUUUAAAGGGACUGGUUUACUUGGCCACUGAUGGUUUUCCAAGAGGAGCCACCAGAAGGGAAGAGGAUUUGUCACAUGGUAGGGCAUUAAAAGAAUAAAACCAGGUGGAUACAGUA